GGACAAUUACCUACAGGGGACUUCGCCUUGAAGACACAUUUAAUAAAACUGAGUCAUAUCAGUGCAAUGCCAACAGCACACUCAAAUUCAACAGCACAGAAGUACACAAUAUUAGUGUGGCAGCUGCUGUGUCCAACUUCACAAUUCAGUCUGUGAAUACAAGUAGUUUUGGAAAACACUGCAAAGACGACACGCCUACGACUGUAGCUCCGACAACGCCGACAACAACACCAGCUCCGACGACACCAAAACCCAGCCCAGAGCAGAACUUCAGCUGUUCCUACAACACCACCACCAAGUUCCGGCUGAUUGGAAUCUUUUCUCUGAGUAUCACCUACAACGCAACUAAUCAGUCAAAGACCGUCACAGUUGAUGUGCCUAAAGUACCUGCUAGUGAGACAAACUGCUCCUCUGAAUCCAACGAAUCUUUAACCUUCAAAUUCUUUGACAACUGGAGCAUAGAGUACAUCUUCCAGUCGAAGGGCGGAAACAAGUACUACGUCUCCAAUAUUACGAUUACGUAUGUCCAUGAUGAGCAUCUGCCGAAUUCAACUAAUCCUAAUACCACUGCCACUGUUCGCUUCAGCAAACCUGACUAUUUGGAGGCAUCUACCAGUGGCUAUUACACCUGCCAUGCCAGGACAAGUCUAGCCAUAGAUGAGGUAAGAAAGGAGAACCGACCGGCAUUGCUAGAGACUGAAACACAACACAAAACAUGUGGAACACAACACAGAACACUCACCGAGUGCUCGAAUGAUGAGCAGACCAGCAGUGUUGUCCCUAUUGCCGUGGGAGCUGCCCUGGCCGGCCUGGUGGUCAUUGUGCUGAUUGCUUACCUCAUCGGACGCAGAAGAUCUCGCAAGGCCGGUUAUGAAUCUGUGUAA